GCCGAUGAGCGACCACAAUUAGAAGAAUUAAUUUGCUAUAAUUUUCGAUGCCGGUCAGACCAGUACUGGAACCCUAGCUUUCCAAAUGGUAAUACGCACUGUCAAUCACUCGGUUAUUGGGACCGUAAAACAUAGACUUACACCUGAGCAUCACAGAAGACUGCCGAAAAAGUUCUAAGGUUUUGUAAGGUGAGGCAUCAUGUGAUAAUAUUGCCAUCAUCGGCCUCAACAACCGCAGGAUUAGUCUUGUUUGCUUUAGAAAACGAAGCGAAUGGGUCUUAGCUAGGACUGGACGCUUAUCUUUUAGGCGUCUCGUGGAAAUCAAUGUUGAUAAUCGUAAUAAUUAAUGUUGUAGACGAUUUCCAUCUAUCUUGAAAGCAGUAUUAACACCAACAACAAUGUCAGCAUCGCAAACCAACGUACACAGAAUGACUCUUGUCAAAAUGUGCUAGACAAUUACAAAAGUAAAGUUCUCUCUCGACGUUCAAAAACCAAACUAUAAAAGCCGCUCCAUAUUUCCUUCCUGUCGCAAGAGGUUAAAGCGUCCGAUGAGAAGGUUUUAGAAGCGGAAGGUUUUGCAGAAGAUUUUUGGCACUUUGUGUGCUAGCGACGGCAAAUAUUGUAGACGAUGUAAGGAGGCUGUCAAGGGUGAAGAAGCAGUGGCUACGUUUGGAUGGAUGGAUGGAUGAAAACACUCUAGCCUUGAAAGCUUCCGUUACUGUGUACAUUUGUGGAAGAAACUAGGCUACAUUCCAUAAAAAAGAUCAAGUGGUGAAGGUCCUUUGACUUGGUGGAUCCGGUUGUCAUUGAAAUUUCGAAAAAAUUGCUCAAAAUUUUCGAAUAUAACCACAAAAAUUUAUUGUGAACGAAUAUUGCGUUGAAAAGGUAUUGAAAGCAAAGGUCAUUAAAAAAAUGUACAAAAAUAUAAAAUUUUUCUAGAAAAACGGAGAACACCGAUAACAGUGAACGGAGCAGAGCUCGAUCGAAAUGUGAACGGAAAGGAUUGUAAAACUCCGUGGGCUAUGGGAAAAUAGCCAGGAAAUAUUUGCAUAUCUUUUUAUUGGCAAAUAAACUACCGACGAAAUCGUUACGACCUCGUGAAUACAACACUAGAAAUCGACUAUUGUGAAUGAAUAAUGAGUUGAAGACGAAGAAGAUCAAGAUAAACUUGACUAUUGUGAAUGAAUAAUGAGUUGAAGACGAAGAAGAUCAAGACAAACGUGACUUUAAACAUUUUAACAAGAACAGAAGUGGAAUAGACAAUCUUUUAAAUGAAAUCAGUGGCAAAAAAAUGAAGGAAAACCCUUGUAGAGGAGUAGACAGAACAAAAGGGAUAGGCAUUGAUAGAAAUGGAAUGAAAUUAUUAAGUUUUUUCUUUAAUUGGGAAAUUUUCUGGCUUUGGUUUUGCUGUAGCCAAUAGAGCACACUGCUGAAAACUUUUACUACCUCUCUCCAUGGAUCGAAUGAGUUACGCGAAUAGUGACAAAUGGCGCAGCUGUUGUUAGUGUGGUGGCAACCGUUAUUUUUCUAAACUACGACGCGCACGCAAACACAAAUCUUUACAUAUACUGUAAAACAACAAAAUUUCGAAACGCCUCAAAACUAUAUCGGAACAAUUAAGUCUCUAUCAAUCAAUUUCAUCAAACGUAAAAAUUCUUAAAAAUUCCAAACAAAUGUCCUUACUUCGUCCAUUUUUCGGUUCAACAUCAAAUUCAUGGAUGCGUGCGCUCUUCCUCUUCGUAGUCACGUGGGCAUUGUUCAUCUACGUGUUUUUCAUUAAAUUACAUAACACACAACCGAAUGCGGAUGCGGAUACGAUAACGGCGAAACGUAUAAAUCAAGCCUUGCAACUGCUCGAAUACUCAAAGCAACGCAAUGAGGAGUUACGUCAGAUGAUCGAGAAGCUUUCGAGCGACCAAAUCGACAAGCAAUCGGCACAACGUCUAAUCGAAAAGCUCGAGUUUAACCUGCAAAACUCCAUAAAUAUACAGAAUCAAGAUGCCGCCUUGGCUGAUUUUAUGGGCGCCGGCGAUGGCGAUAGCGGCGCGGAGCCUUACGGUAUGGGUGGCGGUGGUGGCAUGCCUGUAGCGAAUGCUCUGGGGUAUGGCGCUGCUGGUGGCGCACAUGAGCCGAGCUUGGAAUAUGAGCUGCUUAGACGCCGCGUACAGUCUAAUGUAGGCGAGCUUUGGAACUACUUUAGCAGCGAGCUGGGUAAGCUGAGGAAGCGUGUUGCGCCUACACAAGCCGAGUUGGCGCAAGAUAUUAAUGAGGUAUUGCAGCUAGGUGCCGAGCAUAAGCGUUCGCUGUUGAAUGACAUCGAUCGGCUGCGACAGGUGGACGGCUAUGAGGCGUGGCGUCACCGUGAAGCGCGCGAUUUGAGUGAUCUGAUGCAGCGGCGCUUGCACUUCUUGCAGAAUCCGAAGGAUUGUGCGAAUGCGCGUAAACUGGUGUGUAAACUCAAUAAGGGCUGUGGCUAUGGUUGUCAGUUGCAUCACGUUGUGUACUGUUUCAUUGUUGCCUAUGCGACGGAGCGCACUAUGAUAUUGAAAUCGCGUGGCUGGCGUUAUCACAAAAGCGGCUGGGAGGAGGUGUUCCAGCCGGUAUCGGAGACCUGCCUGGAGGCGGAUGCUGCGCAUGCAAGUAAUUGGCCAGGACGUCACGAUAUGCCUGUUUUAGUGCUGCCCAUCAUCGAUUCGCUAAUGCCGCGCCCACCCUAUCUGCCGUUGGCCAUACCAGAAGAUUUGUCGCCGAGACUCAAACGUUUGCAUGGCGAUCCAAUUGUUUGGUGGAUCGGACAGUUUUUGAAAUACUUGUUGCGUCCACAAAAGGGCACGUUGGACUUCCUCGAAGCUGGGCGCGCGAAAUUGGGCUUUAAAAGACCUAUUGUGGGCGUGCACGUGCGCCGCACAGACAAAGUCGGCACGGAGGCUGCUUUCCAUCCCAUAGAGGAGUAUAUGACGCAUGUUGAGGACUACUUCCUCACAUUGGAAAUUAACGGCACAACAGUGCCGCGUCGCAUAUUUCUCGCCUCCGACGAUGCGCGUGCCAUCGAAGAGGCACGCAACAAAUAUCCACAAUAUGAGAUCAUCGGCGAUCCUGAAGUGGCGCGGAUGGCUGCUGUCUCCACCCGCUACACGGAUACCGCGCUGAACGGCAUCAUACUCGAUAUACAUCUACUCUCAUUGUCCGACUAUCUCGUUUGCACCUUCAGCUCGCAGGUCUGUCGCAUGGCAUACGAAAUAAUGCAGACUUUAUAUCCGGAUGCGGCCCAUCGUUUCAAAUCGCUGGACGAUAUCUACUAUUAUGGCGGACAAAAUUCGCACAAUCGAGAAGUGGUGAUCGAACAUGCGGCGCGCAAUCACGAAGAGAUCCACAUGAAGGCAGGCGAUUUGGUGGGUGUGGCUGGCAAUCAUUGGGAUGGCUACUCCAAGGGUAAGAAUACGCGCACAAACCAAGUUGGUCUGUUUCCCUCCUUCAAGGUGGUCGACAAGGUGGAGACCGUCAAGUUGCCGCUCUACGAGCAGGUACAGCCGGUGUGAGAGGCCGCCACACGCGCUGCAGCACGCACUAUGCUGUGGCUGUUGUGAGUGUAGCGUGUGUAAAUGUAUGAACGUGGACAAGAGCGUAUAUAAAACUAUUUAUUUGUAUGUAAUUGGGGAUUUCGUAUGUAAAUUAUUUAUAUUUUUUUUUCUCCUUUUUUAAUUUUUUUUUUAUUGACGGUGGCACAUUUGUUUAGUGCUGUGCAAUAUUAUUAUGAUAGAAUAGAUUUUUUAGUGAACAGCGGUACACGUCAAACGAAGGGUUAUGCAGUUUAAAUAUACACAUAUAUUUUUUGUAAUUUUUUUUUUAAAUUUUGUUUCCAAUAAUUUACCAAAAACCGCACAAAUCUAUAUUUUCUACAACUAUACUUUGAUUAAAAAACAAUUUAUUUUAUUUAUGUUAAAA